UUUUAAACGACUUGGCGCUACAGACGCAUGUGUAGUCUUCUCAUUUCUUCCCAAUUAAUCUGUUUUAUAAGUAAGCAGAAUUGGCUCAAUACUUGAACGGUGUAAAAUCCGUCUUACGAAAUGAAUAUAGAAUGUCUAAAGUUUAAUCGAUAUAAAGUCACUUUUUAAUCGAUAUGCUUAUAAGUUUUAGCGUUUCACAUCAACUAGCACAGGCCAAAACUUGCCGAUAUCAACACACACAUGCUACAUAAUCGAGUAGCAAAGAGGAACAAAUUUAGAACGAGAGGAACACCCUGGCGAUAGGGGAAUUUAAGUUCCUGCCAACCUAUCCAAAACCAAAAUAAUAAAAAGAACAGUCUGGUAGAAAAUAAAGGAGUUCCUUAUUCCAAAACAGAUUCUAAAUUAUGGGAGGUUGUCGCUGUUCGUUUCGUGAUUGCACUGUUGCAACAUCUCAGCAUCCCGGCAUGCAUUUUUUCCACUUCCCCGUAAAUGACCGGGAACGCUAUAUUAGAUGGUUGAGCUUAGCAAAUGUAAUCCAUAUGCUCGAAAUGCCUCCGGGCUUCCAAAAUAAUAAAGUAAUUUGCGCCAGACAUUUUCGACCUGAGUGUUUUAAAAAUUACAGGAGGAAUGGGAUACUUCCCAAAAAUGUGGAGCCCACAUUAAUGCCCAUUAACGAAGAAAUGGUUUUAGAUUACGCUAAUGAAGAAGAGAACGGUGGGCCUGAGUUGAUUAAAAUGCCGACCCCUACAAUGAAGCAUUUAAUUCCACCGCCGGGAUAUACUCUCCCUUUUUCCCUUCAUGACAACUUAAAACCGGGUAAGUACAUAAGGCAGAAUAAGAUAAUUUUGGCGAAUGCAGCUACGCAAUCGAAAGACAUAAAGAGGGGCAAUGAAACGCAACUAGACACUAAAGACCCAAGCAACUCAAAAAAAGCUAAAAUUUUAAAUUGUGAGACUAUCGGUGUAUCUUCUAAUAGCAGUGAAUCGAGGCCUGCCGAUACUAUUGUUAAGCUUAAUUUCGAUUUCGACUCAGACGAAAUUAGUUUAAAAGAAGAUGUAGAUGUGGCAUCAGAUGAUUACGAGUUCAUAGAUGAAGGUACAAUUGAAAUAACAAAUAACAGUCUGUUACCUAAUCAACAAUGUGAAGAUUCAACUGAAGAGUUGCAAGAAAAAGAUUCACAAUUUGAAAUUGAUCCUGAAGAACUAACUGAUUGCAUUAACCAUCUCAAAGAACAGCUCGAAAGAUCAAACAAAGAAUCAAAAAGUAAAACAAAUGCACUACAAAAAACUGAAGCUGAUUUGGAUAAAGCGAACAUUAAAUUGGAAACCGUUAUGCAAAAAUACGAAAAAUUGUCGGCACAAUUUAAACAGCUCAAUGAGCAGCUCGAGGAAACUAAAGUGCAGGUAAACAGUAAAAUCAUUACUUUCAAUGGGACCGAAGAGGAGUUGAAAACCGCAAACUUUAAAUUGAAAAACAUUGAGCAAAAAUACGAGCAAUUAGAUGUUAACUAUAAAAAAGUUCUAAAGCGCGAGCAGGACUUAACAGAGGAAAACCUUCGGCUUCAAGAGGAGAAUUUCCAAUUACGCGAAAAAUGCAAACAAUAUGAAAAAGAAAAUAAGCAAAAACAUAUAGGAGAGGUCUCUACAAGUCAAGCAGGAUCAUCGGCUGCAAUGGAUUGCGGCAACGUCAACCGUCGACAACCCGGUGCCACAGGCACUAGCAUGCAGAACUCACUAACAAAAGCUCAACUUUUUAAUGGUGUUAAAAAAUAUAUGUCGUCUUCGAUGGUUGCCUUGCUACGUAUGGAGAUGUUUGGUAGCGCAGAUCGUGAUUGGAAGCCGGAUGAAAGACGUGUAGCAAUGGACCUUCUGCAACUUGGCGACCAAAUUUAUAGGUAUAUUAGCGAUGAGUGGCGUUUCCGGUUACCAGCAUUAGAAGAAGUACGAAACUGGCUUGCUGAUGCCACAAAUUCUAUUGAUGAUGAAGAAGAUCUUUAAUUAUUGUUAAGCAUAAGGCUUUUGUUCUAUAUUUAAAUAAAAAAUAAUUAUUUAAAAGAA